ACACCAUACGACGGUCUAGAAUCUGCAACCAAUAAAAACCUAGCAAGUCGAAAGCGUUCUAGAUCCUUCUAACUAAAACCCGGAAAACUGUCCGCAUAUCUUUAUUAGCUCGUGGAAUCAGCACUCCUCGUCAAUCUCAUCUUCUCAUACCAAUUUGAAGAAUUUUUAAUCGAAAUCGAAGAUGUUCGGAGGAGGCAGGGCGCCCAAGAAGAGCGACAAUUCAAAAUACUAUGAGAUUCUGGGAGUCUCCAAGACUGCUUCGCCUGAAGAUGUGAAGAAGGCUUACAAGAAAGCCGCCAUCAAGAACCAUCCUGAUAAGGGCGGAGAUCCUGAAAAAUUUAAGGAGUUGGCUCAGGCUUACGAGGUUCUAAGUGACCCCGAGAAGCGUGAAAUAUAUGAUCGAUAUGGUGAGGACGGACUCAAGGAAGAAAUGCAAUCCGGUGGCCAUGACCCAUUUGAUAUCUUUUCGUCUUUCUUUGGUGGUGGCGGCAGCCCUUUUGGAGGCAUGCCGGGUGGUAGUAGUAGAGGACGGAGACAGAGACGUGGAGAAGAUGUGGUUCACCCAUUGAAGGUCUCUUUGGAAGACCUAUAUCUUGGAACCUCAAAGAAACUUUCCCUAUCUCGCAAUGUGUUGUGCUCCAAGUGCAAAGGCAAGGGGUCAAAAUCUGGAGCCUCGACCAAGUGUGGUGGGUGCCAAGGAACUGGUAUGAAGGUCACUAUUAGGCAUCUUGGACCCUCUAUGAUUCAACAAAUGCAGCAUGCUUGCAAUGAAUGCAAGGGUACUGGAGAGACCAUCAGUGACAAAGACCGCUGUGGACAGUGCAAGGGAGAGAAGGUUGUUCAUGAGAAGAAGGUUUUGGAAGUACAUGUGGAGAAGGGUAUGCAGAAUGGACAGAAAAUCACAUUUCCUGGUGAAGCUGAUGAAGCUCCUGACACAGUCACUGGUGAUAUAGUUUUCAUCAUUCAGCAAAAGGAACAUCCAAAGUUCAAGAGAAAGAUGGACGACCUUUUUGUGGAGCACUCUUUGUCACUCACAGAUGCUCUAUGUGGUUUUCAGUUUGUGCUGAACCAUUUGGAUGGCAGGCAGCUUCUUAUUAAAUCAAACCCUGGUGAAGUUGUGAAGCCUGAUUCGUUUAAGGCUGUCAAUGAUGAGGGUAUGCCAAUGUACCAGAGGCCAUUCAUGAAAGGCAAGCUGUACAUUCAUUUCUCAGUGGAUUUCCCUGAAACUCUGAGCCCUGAGCAGGUCAAGGCUUUGGAAGCUGCUCUUCCAUCAAGGGCAUCAUCUCAGCAGCUGACAGAUAUGGAGUUGGAUGAGUGUGAGGAGACAACCCUGCAUGAUGUGAACAUGGAAGAGGAGAUGAGGAGGAAACAGCACCAGGCUCAUUCAGAGGCCUAUGAUGAGGACGAUGACAUGCCUGGUGGUGCACAGAGGGUGCAGUGCGCACAGCAGUGAUUGUACUCAUAACCCAUAAAAGAUGUUAUGUGUAUUGUGGAUUGGUUAUCUCAAGCAUAACAUGCUGUGGCUCUGCCGUUUGUUAUAAAUCUCUUGGUGGAUGCUAUUGUCUGCCCUUUUUGCACUGGAAAUUUUCAUGCUAAAUGUAGUAGAAAAUGAUGCAUCGGAGGAUUUUGCUGUUUUGGCCUCUUCAGAAAACGUCACCAUUAUUCAUGAAAUGUGAUAAUCCAUUAUCUCACUUUAUUAGAC